UGAAAGCACGCAGGGCAGACUCAGAUACAGGAAACAUUUUUAAACACACUCUGAUACAGUCUUGUCACUUUGACGUAUUGUCGCUCCACAGUUACUUCACUUUUGAAAACAUGGACGUGUCAGACACAAGAAGAAUUGUCAUCUUGGGAAAAACUGGAUCUGGGAAAAGCAGCGUGGCGAACACCAUAUUUGGAGAGAAACUGUUCACGAUCAGCCACACUCUCAACUCUGAAACAAGAAAAUGUGAAGCAAGAACUAAAUCUGUCAAUGGAAGAAGCAUCACUUUGAUCGACACUCCUGGUUUGUAUGACACAGAGAUAUCUGAGGAGGAGAUGAAACCUGAGAUAGUGAGGUGUAUCGUUGAGUGUGCUCCUGGGCCUCAUGCUUUUCUCAUUGUGAUUAAAGUGGAGAGAUUCACAGAGCACGAGCAGGCUGUCAUCACUAAAAUUAAAAAUUACUUUUCUGAUGAAGUCUUCACUUAUGCAACAGUUCUCUUCACUCAUGGUGACCAGCUCCCUGAAGGACAGACAAUUAAGGAUUGUGUCCGCGAGAAUAAGCCAAUGAGUGAUCUGGUGAAGAAGUGCGGCGACCGCUGCCACGUCAUUGAUAAUAAAUACUGGAAGAACAACCAGCAGCAUGAAUACAGAAGUAACCAGUUCCAGGUGAAGGAGCUACUUAACACAAUAGAGAAGAUGGUUGAGGCAAACCAAGGAAGCUGCUACACCAAUGAGAUGCUACAAGCAGUGGAGGAUGUAAUACAAAAAGAGGUGGAGGACAUUAGACGGUCAUCAGGAAACAUGUCAGAGGAAGAAAUCAGAAAGCAGGCUAGAUUCAGCACAUUUAUGAAGCUUUUGGUCAGUUGGGUAGGUAUUGCAAAAGAUACAUUGUUAGGGGCAUUUACAGGGGCAGCUGCUGCAGUGAAAGCGACGAUAUGUCGUAUUAAAGGAUAUAAAGUAGUUGAGGGAGCAGAGCCUCUUGUGACUUGUGACACAGAAGAAGCAUAAGAGGGUGUUGAGAAUGAAACCCAUUUGUGACUCUUAAAGAGGAUGGGGGAUUUCUCAUUAAAAAGUCAUAUCUCCCUGUUUAUUAAAUAGAAAUCAUGUUCCAAGUUAUCUUUAAUCACUGAGCUGUUUAUGUUUAUUCAGAUGUAAUAUGUUAUAGCUUUACUUCUUGUCUGAGCUUAACACUUCAAGUUCAGUCACGUAUUCCAGUUUCACAAGCUAUGUGUUGUCCUGUGCAUGUACUGUACAUUUAACCACAAAGAUAAAACUGUUUUAACAGCAUUUAUGGAUAAGAUCUUAGCAAUAAUUUAAAUGAAACCAGUGCAUGCUGUUGGCUGUUUUUCUGCCUGCCAUUAAAACAUUUCUGACUGUUUCAGGUCGCAAAAGCUAACCAUUACAUGUUACUUAAUGCAUUUACAAGAUCAUUUUGUUAAGACAGUAAUUGUGGCUCUUUGUUGAUUACUGUAUCACAAGGCAAAUCUAAGCAAUUAAUACAUUGAAACCUAUGAAAAAUGUUACUUGAGUAAACAAUUUAUGAAUUGCACUAUGAAAAGUCAGAGGGUGAUCAAAGUCAGUCAAAUUCAUUGUCUGGGGAACCAUGGAUGUUUUAGCAUUUCAUCAUGUAGAUAUUGAGAUAUUUAACAGGACAGAUGAAAACCUUUUCUGUAUGCACCGUGUUCCAAACUGUUCUCUGAGCUGUGAUAAGGAUAUGCAGUCAGAGGCCCAUGUAGAGGUUUUGCUUACUGUGACAGGUGCAGGUACAUUCCUAACUAUAGGCUUGGGACCAUUUAUGGAAAUCGGUAUGUCAACUGAGUAAACAUAUUUAACAGCCUGUCAUUGGUGAAGAAGACAGUAUGUCUGAAUGACCAUUAAAGGAAAAGCUAUAUAUGAAAUUAUACGGAGACAUGCAAAAGCUUGUCAUUGGUUAUUGGCAACGGUUGUUGUAAAAAAAACCUUUUCACUGGUUUAGAAAAAUAUCCAUUUGGCUGCUUUCCAAUGAGCAUAGACUUCUUGUUUUGUGACAUGUACCACACUAUGUUUCUCUGUGUUCUUAGGAAGCUGCCGGGUAAAACUGAACUGAUAAGACCUUGUUACUUUUCCUCUGUAACUUCCCUGUGAUUACUUACAUAAAACAUUUGCAAUAUUCACCUUUAA